GAAGCCCAGUAGUAAGCCCAGUCACCUCAGUAACUCGACUUGACGGACUGAGGAGGAAAAGGUCAGCAAUCACCACCCACCCACUCAACACUCCCAUCAACAUCAAUCCGGGCCCAAUCCAGGUGGCAGCGCCUGGCCUCCGUCCUGGCCUCCGUCCUGGCCUCCGUCCUGGCCUCCGUCCUGGCCAGUGUCAGCCUCAUCUUGGCCGGGGAAUUAGGUCCGUCUAGCAGGGCAAAGGCCCCGUACCGAGGCCCGCCCGCGGCCCGCCCGAGCCUCGUAGGCCGAUACAGACCGUGGGACAUGAAUGAGCGACCCGUGGCCCGCCCGGUCCGGGAAUGGUCACCCAUGAUGAGCUUUGAGCCCCGGCCUUAGAGAGAUACCAGCCUGUCUGGCCCGCCAUGAUAAUCCUCGAACCGGUACGAAGCGGUUAGCGGUUGUAAAACAUGAUGAAAAAUGACGUGGCGACCGUGGGGACGGUUGAGUCGGCCCCCGGAUCGGCCCGGUCUCGUCCGCUGGCUCGGCACCACGGCCUAGUGCCCGAGACAGGCGGCAGUGGGCUGGACUUUCUCAAUUGGGAGGAUUGCACCAUUGAUGAGAAGAAGCGUUUAGACCGAAUUCUCUACCAAAAUGCUUGGACACGCACCCCCACGCCCACUGCCAGUCCUGGCCCACCCGCUGGGACCCCCGAUGCGGCCCGUUCCGCCUCGCCCCGUCUUUCCGUGGCCCCCAUCGAGAAUCAGACUGGAUUGUAUGACGACGGCUGUCCACCCAGUGGGCCCAAUCCCCACCCCUCGCCCUCUUUGGGCCCGCCCGGUUACCCGUCCUAUGAAAACCUGGUUCCUUACGAUUGCGCCCCCGGCGACCCGACUCGAACGGCUGCCAGCUAUCCCUCGGGUUCAAGCGGGGCUGGAUCAAUGCCCAAUAUUCCGGUCAGUAAUCCGCCUGUAUCCUACGCUCCGUACCCUAACUUUAUCAUCAACAACGUCACGGCCAACGUCAAUGUCCAUCCGGCCCCGCCCACGUCGAUGCCGUUGCCCAACAACCCCAGUGUGACCAGUGCUCACGCUGAAGGGGUCCCCGCCCCGCCGGUAUCUAUGAUGGUGGGUUCGCCCGGCGCCGCCUAUUCGAUGCCGACUGCCUUGGGUCCCAAUGGCGCUUUGCCGUCCAAUGGCGCCAUGAUGGGCUCGGGUGUACCCAGUUUGAUGCCUAACACCUACUCACCGCCCAUGGUGCCGGGACACAUCUAUCAUGUGCCCAGCCGACCCUACAUCUACGGGUCCUAUCCCAGUCCACAAUAUGUUUCGGUGGAACUGGCUCAUUCGGCCGGUCCCAUGGGCCAUCAUUCAUCACCCGCCCAUUCAAACGGGCCCAUGGGCAAUGCCUAUGGCUCGCCCACCGUGUCACAGAUGAACUUUUAUCAACAACCGCCGCCCGUGACUCAACCCAUCGCCAACCGUCCCCCGCUCGGCCAUCCCACGAACCAGUACCAGUCCCCGCCCCAUCACCAUCAUAAUCCCCACCAUCAGCAGCCCCCCAUGACGUCCCAUUUGGCUCCCUUCUCUAAACCCAAUGUCCCUCUGCUUCAGCCACACCUAUCCCCAAUGGCCAACCCUUACCCCUAUUACCCCGCGCAGCCCCAACAUCCACCGCAGCUUCAACCCCAUGUCCAUUCCGCCCAACCCUCACAACCGCUGGCUCCGCCAUCACUCGCCCCCGCCUCUUACACGAACCCAUCCGUGCCCCCCACAAUGCUCCCUGACCCAAAUCCCCCUGCACCCGUCGCACCACCCGAGCUUGUUUACGCAUCGAAUGAAAUUCAUCCCGACGCUCCGCUGCAGACCGAGAUCCCAAGUAAUGAUGCCCACGAGGUUAAUGGGGAGGCUAAACCCACCCAGAUAUCUGACGAGAAGGUCGCCCAAGUAAUUGAGACGAUCGAUCAUCCCACGAGUGACAAUGAAACAGAAGAAGAGCCCCACGUGGAGGAAGGAACCCCCUCGUGUGAACCGAAGGGGGCCGUGCUUAAAGAAGGAAAAGAUGGAAGAGGUGUGACCUCUGCCCAGCCCGCGCCUUCUUGGGCCAGUCUUCUAUUCCAAAAUAGCGGAGGGGACACUGCACCGCCUGCCAAAGUGGAUCGGUCUGCAGCUUCGUCAUCAGAGGUGGCCAAGCCCAUGGCACGGGUUCAGCCGUAUACAUCCGGUCAAAUGAAUGGCGAGGCGAAACCAAGUGUUGAAGACCACACCCUAUUGGGGAAGAUGGCUACCUUCUUUACCAACUAUAAUUUGAACCACAAAAGCCUAUCGGUUAUGCCACGCGGCUUGACUAAUCACAAUAAUUGGUGUUUUACCAAUGCCAUUCUGCAAGCCUUGGUGGCGUGUCCACCGUUCUACAACCUAAUGCGGGCCUUGCCCAUGUAUGAAGACCCUUUGCCCAAUCAGGCGGCUAACGUGGUCGUCGACAUGAGUGGCGUUAAAAUUUUGAAGUCCGUCUGGGACUUUGUGAAUCAAUUCGAAGUGAUGACCAAUUUUCCGAAACUAAAUCGAAGCAAGUCGAAGAAGACCGAGGAUUUCCCUCUGGGUAAAUCCUUUGAGGCUUCCUCCAUUUACAAUAUGCUUUUGAAUCUGAACAAUGACACUUUCAAAGUGAUCGAGGGCCGUCAAGAGGAUGCCGAAGAAUUCCUGACCUUUCUUCUCAACGGUAUCAAUGACGAGAUGAUGUCGAUCCUGAAAGCGGCUGAAGAGGCCAAGAAUGGCCCGUCCAAUACGGAUGAAGGGCAAGCCAAUGACGAGCAUGACAGUGCCCAAGAAGGGUAUGACAGUGAUGAAUGGAAGGAAGUGGGCCCGAAUAAUCGAAGCUGCGUGACUCGUCGACACACUCUCUCCAAAACGCCUUUGGCGGACAUCUUUCAAGGUCAGAUCCGCUCGUGCGUUCAACACUCUGCGGCCGAACCAACAGCCACGCUCCAACCGUUCUUUACCCUCCCGCUCGAUCUCCAACUAGAGGGAACAACCGACGUGGCACAGGCGCUAGUAAAGAACUUUGCCACCGAGCCAAUUCAAGGAUUUGUAUGUCCCACCACCAACAAAGUGAUCGCUGCCUCGAGAAACCUUUCUCUUGAGGAACUACCCCCCAUUCUGAUCCUCCAUAUGAAGCGUUUCGUCUACACCGAGACCUCCGGGGGCUGCCAGAAGCUUCUGAAGCAUGUGAAUGUGUCGGUGGGUUUGGAGAUUUCCAGGGACAUCUUGUCCGUUAAUAGCCGCAAUAAGUACCAAACUCGCCAACGGUCCUACAAGCUGUUCGCAGUGGUGUACCACAAGGGGGCCGAGGCUACGAAAGGUCAUUACGUGACCGAUGUCUAUCACACUGGCCUGGCCAGUUGGCUCCGUUGUGAUGACGCUGUUGUCCAUCGGUUGACCGACAGCAAUGUCUUGAACCAAGAUACCAAUAGUGUGCCCUAUAUCCUGUUCUAUCGGCGUGGCGACACCAUGGGCGGGAACGUCCCGGACAAGUCCAACAACAAGACUUAGUUAGCCUCGGUGUCUGUUCACAGAUCGACAGAAAGACAACUCCAAUUGUGGAUCAAAACCAAAAUUUGUCAAAAAAGCGUGCUUCACACCCAUUAGCUAUUUUAUGCAUAUGAUAGUUGAUAUUCUAUUAAAAUAUGUAUUUGUGAACACCUC